UAUAGCUCAGAAAAUUUGAAGAAAGCUUUGGAGGAUUUACGUGAAGGUCAAUCAUAUCCCAGUGUUUCAAAAAAGUAUACUAUACCAUGUCGAACACUUCAAAGACAUAUGAAAGGCACUAUCCGACAACCAGGAUGUAUAAAGCUUGGUAGAUUCCGACUGAUUUUAUCGGAUGAAAUGGAGACAGAAAUUGUCCAUCAUGCAAUUGAAAUGCAACAACGAUUUUAUGGCCUCACAUCAAUGGACAUUCGGAAACUUGCCUUCCAGUUGGUGGAAAUGAAGAAGUUGUCUCAUCCAUUUAAUUCUACUAAACAAAUGGCAGGGAAUAAAUGGUUGCUGGGAUUUAUUGAACGUCACCCAGAGUUGUCAGUUCGUGAACCGGAGGCCACUAGCAUGUCUCGUGCAGUUGCAUUCAAUCGUCCUCAAGUUUCAAGAUUUUUUAAUAUCCUAAAAAAUGCACUUGAAAAAGAUUUAACCAUGGAAUGUUCAAGGAUUUGGAAUAUGGACGAAAGUGGUGUGACGACUGUCCACAAGCCUGGGCGUAUUAUUGCCAAGAAGGGCACUAAACAAGUUGGCAAGAUUACGAGUGGAGAGAAGGGGAAAAAUGUAACAGUAAUAUGCGCAGUAAAUGCACAUGGAUCCUAUUUACCACCGGCAAUGAUUUACCCACGAGUAAGGAUGAAUCCUCAGUUGUUAAAAGGAGCACCACCAGGAACAUUAGGCUUUGCAACCAAAAGUGGUUGGACAGACUGUGAGGUUUUUGUGAAGUGGUUAAAGCACUUCACAGAUGUUGUUAAGCCAACCCUGGAAAGAAAAGUCAUACUUCUAGUAGAUGGACAUGCUAGCCAUAAAUCACUAGAAGCCAUUACAUUUGCCAGAGAUCAUGGUAUAGACCUUAUCAGCUUCCCUCCACAUUGCACUCACAGGAUCCAACCACUAGAUUUAACUUUUUUUGGUCCAUUGAAAGGAUAUUAUCGA